ACAUUAUAUUUAGCGCCCGUAAUACUCAGGUAAGGAAGGCUGUUUUUAACGGUCGCCAACCGGAAUUUCCUUGUCAUUUUGUACUCAACAUAUAUAGAAUCUUGAUUCCGACAUGGAUAACGACCCGGUCAACAUAAAAAAACGACGGUCGACCGUAAAGGCGUCGUGCACGCGCAUAAGAAGCUAUGUCGAUAGCAUUUCUUCAUUGUCUCCGUCGAUAAUAUUGCAACUUGAAGAGCGUAAAGUUAAAUUAGACCAGUAUUGGGCCGAUUACAAUGUUUAUCAAACUCAAUUAGAAAUGCUCGAUGAAUCAGAAGCUAACGAUAGAGUCGCCUUUGAGGAAGCAUUCUUUAAUUUGUCAAGUAAAAUGCGUGAAUUAAUGCAAACUCAGUCUACUUCGCGUAAUGCGGUAACGGCGUCACCAACGCUUUCAAAUGCCUCUGAUAUGCGAGAAACAUAUAAUGUCAGAUUACCGAAACUCGAUCUUCCUAAAUUUUCGGGGAAAUUUGAUGAAUGGUUUCCGUUCCGCGACUCAUUUCUUUCGAUCAUACACGCGAAUACAACUCUCAGUGAUAUUCAGAAACUACAAUACCUGAGAGCCACUCUUACCGACGAAGCAAGUAAUGUACUAAGCCCUCUCGAGAUAUCCGAGGCGAACUAUGCGGUCGCGUGGGACCUAUUAAAGGAAAGAUUCGAUAAUAAACGCGACAUUGUACAAACGCAUCUCAAAUCCAUUAUCGAGUUACCGGUUAUGACGAAGGAAAACGUGGUAGAAUUGCGACAGAUCGCGGAUGGUUCUGCGCGUCACAUGCUAGCAUUAAAAGCGCUGAAGCGUCCCACAGAACAUUGGGACGAUCUUUUAGUUUACCUUCUUAGCUCUAAGCUCGACCCGACCACAGAGCGAGAAUGGCGACUGUCACUCAAGGACUCCGAGUUACCUACAUUGAAACAAUUUCACGCUUUCUUAGCCCAUCGUUGUCAGGCUAUCGAAUCAACUGCUCUCCCGAUUCUCAAACGGAUUGCGGAAAUUCGGUCACGCAAGAUCUGCUUGAACUGUCUUCGUUCAACGGCUCACAAUGCAAGCAAAUGUACUUCAGGGACUU